GUUAUUUAUAUUCGUUUCGACGACCGCAGGAUGUUUGAAUGAGAAGUGGAGGUCCGCUGAAUAGACAUCCUGCAAGAACAUGCUGCUUCACGGACCACUGACUUCUGCGUCUCGAGAGGAAUAUUAAGCUGAAAGUCAUGAUGUGAAUGUGCUGCAUCCGAUUGUCCAAUGAUUGAGUCCAGCGCCGCGACCAUGCUGGACAGAACUGAGCCGGCACACUGCACCGUGUGCUGCUGCACUCUGACCAACAAAAUCCUCAUGGUGCUCUUCAUGGUGCUCCUCAUCUUCGCCAUCUUGUUUGGGAAUCUGGUGACUCUGGCCGUGGUGCUGGGGACCAAGCAUUUCCACACGCCGCAGGGCUACCUGAAAGCCUCCCUGGCGGUGGCUGAUCUGGCGGUCGGGAUAUUUGUGGUGCCGCUGUCCGUCUACGCUGAAGUUUAUCUCAUGGUGACGGACUCCGCGCCGGAGUGGACGUCAUACAACUCUCAGUCGGUCAGCUUCCAUCCUUGUAACAUAAUCGGGCCGAUCUUUGCCGGGUGCACCUUUGUGUCCAUCACAACCAUUUUCCUGCUGACAAUCGAGCGGAGCAUCGCCGUGCUGAGGCCGCUGCACAAAGACUCUGUGAUUACCCGGAAAAGGACCACAAUCCUGAUCGUUCUCUCCUGGGUGGGGAGCUUCUUCCUGGCGGUGUCUCCGAUGAUUUUCAGCAGUGAGAUUGCUCUGGAGUACAACUCCUGCAGCCGGAUGUGUAACUACGCCCUGGGGACCAUCGGCGAGUUCCCCAGCCAGGCCUGGAACAUCCUCCUCCUCUUCCCCGCGUUUGAUUUCACCCUCCUCGGCGGCACCGUGGUCAUUAACAUCAUCUCGCUCUCCAGCAUCAGACAGCACUCCAAGCGCAGAAAACACCUGGCGCAGACUGAAUGCCAAAACAGCACCAAGCCCACGUUCUCAGACAUUAAAGCCGCCAAGACCAUUGGGACUUUAACAGUGGCCUUCACCGCGUCGUUCACGCCCAUUGCCGUCUUUGUGGUUGGGAACGUUUUAGGUAAUAUAUGGUGCAACUUUUCAUUUUUUGCCUUCUGGAUUUUGGCCUCAAACAGUUGCUGGAAUGUCAUUAUUUACAGUGUGUGGGAUCAGAAAUUCAGGCUUCGUGCACACAAACUGCUUAUGCCUUUUCGGAGAAAAAACAUCACCAAAUCUUAAAAAAAAAAAAAAAAAAAAAAAGACAAACCUGAGGUGGAUACCAUGUUUUAGAUGUUUGUUUGUCGUA